UUAUGGGAACUGUCCACAUGACAAGCGGCGCUGUCGUCAACAGCGGCCACAUUUUGCCUCAUACACUCCGACAACUUUUUCUUUUCACUUCAACAUCUCGAAGAAUACAGUAGUGUACUCGAGAGAAAAAUGUCUCACCGUAAAUUCUCGGCUCCUCGCCAUGGUUCGAUGGCAUUCUACCCAAAAAAGCGUGCCGCUAGACAUCGUGGUAAGGUAAAGGCUUUCCCAAAGGAUGACCCAUCCAAACCAGUCCAUUUGACUGCUUUCCUCGGUUACAAAGCUGGUAUGACGCAUAUCGUGCGUGAAGCCGACCGUCCGGGUUCAAAGAUCAACAAGAAAGAAGUUGUUGAAGCUGUCACCAUCAUCGAAACACCACCAGUGGUUGUUGUUGGUGCUGUCGGUUACAUCGAAACUCCAUUCGGUUGCCGUUCGUUGGUCCAAGUUUGGGCUCAACAUUUGUCGGAAGAAUGCCGUCGUCGCUUCUACAAGAACUGGUACAAGAGCAAGAAGAAGGCUUUCACCAAGGCCAGCAAGAAAUGGGCCGAUCCAUUCGGUAAGAAGAGCAUUGAAAAUGAUUUCAAGAAGAUGAUCAAGUACUGCAAAUAUGUUCGUGUCAUCGUACACUCGCAGAUCCGUUUGAUCAAGCAACGCCAAAAGAAGGCACACAUCAUGGAAAUCCAAUUGAACGGUGGUUCCGUCGAAGACAAAGUCAACUGGGUGAAAGAGCAUUUGGAAAAGCCAAUUCCAGUUGGACAAGUGUUUGCCCAAGACGAGAUGAUCGAUACCAUUGGUGUAACCAAGGGUAAGGGUUUCAAGGGUGUCACCAGUCGUUGGCACACCAAGAAAUUGCCACGCAAAACACACAAAGGUUUGCGUAAGGUCGCUUGUAUUGGAGCAUGGCAUCCAAGUCGUGUCUCGUUCACCGUUGCUCGUGCCGGUCAAAAGGGUUACCAUCACCGUACCGUUCUCAACAAGAAGAUCUACCGUAUCGGUGCCGGUAUCCACACCAAGGAUGGCAAGCUCGUCAAGAACAACGCUUCCACCGAAUACGAUUUGACCGACAAAUCAAUCACCCCAAUGGGUGGCUUCCCUCACUAUGGUGAAGUGAACAACGAUUUCAUCAUGAUCAAGGGCUCCUGCAUUGGUUCACGCAAACGUAUCAUCACAUUGCGUAAAUCAUUGAUCACCCACACCAAGCGAUCAGCUUUGGAACAGAUCCAAUUGAAAUUCAUCGAUACCGCAUCAAAGAUGGGACAUGGUCGUUUCCAAACACCAGCCGACAAAUUGGCAUUCAUGGGACCACUCAAGAAGGAUCGCAUCCGCGAAGAGCAAGCUCAAGCCGCUGCUGUUACAGCCAAAACAGCUUAAAUUUAACAGUUUACGAUUUUUCAUUGUAUCUGCUUUAUGUCUACAUUAAAAUUCCGUUGUAAUAAAUGGAGUUGAAAACAGAGAAAAAAUAUGAAAAAAACACACAUUGUUUCGUUAUUGUUGUUGUUUGUUUUGGUGGUUUUUUUGAACUUGAACAGUGCGAGCGAGCCAGCGAGAGAGAGAGAGAGAGAGAGAGAGAGACUUGAUUUAGGGAGAACGGAAGCUCGAUGAAGUAUGAGCUGUUAGAACGCAUCAACUCUUUGGUUUUAUCUAAUCAUGCUAAUUUCACACAGCUUUGGUGUGACACUUAAACGAAUUAUUGCCCAAUGGAAUGCAUUCCACGUCAUUUACGUUGAAAAUAUUUUUAUGACUGAAUGUAAAUAUAUCGCGUGCGCGAGUCUGUUUACGCGAACGCAUGCCAAACUGGAUAUGUAACCAUAUAAAUUUAGUCAUUGAAAUUCCUUACCGAUUUUUAGUCCAGUUUUUUUUCAUUCUUUCUUUCUCUCUUCAAGUCAAUUCAAUUUAUUGUGCACAAGACUUAUCUUUUCGCUGGAAUUUAUUAUUGGAUUGUUCUUAUUUUAGGCAUUGAAUGUUUUGAAUCUUCACUCUUUUCAGUACAUUCCGUCGAUUCAAUGUGAAACAAUUGAAUUUAACAGGAAAAAAAAGAUAAAACGAAAUACAAUAAAAAAAAACGAAGUUGAACGAAGAAGAAGAAGAAGAAGAAGAGGCAGAGAAAAAGCACUACGAAAUCGAAAAGAAGAAGCAGCGGGUGUUCUUCGUACGCGUACAACAUUACCAGUCGUUGUCACACACUCAAAACAUCCACAUACGUGAAUAUAUCGUAUGUACGACAUCUACUACACAAAAAUACAAGAAGAAGAGACGAAGAAAAAAGUAUAAUUCUACUUUUCUUUCAUUUCAAUCUCUGGAUUUUAGUCGGGCGACCAACAAAAUAAAACGUACAUUUUCAUUUACCUACUCUCAUUGUGCUAAUAGUAAUUUCAAAAGUUGAACAUUUUUUAACAUCAAUUUCGGUUUGAUCCUGUUCGUUUGUGUUUAUUUUGUUGUACAAUGUGAAAUUUGGAAUGAACGAAGAAGCUGAAGAAGGAAAAAAAAAGUUUUUUGAACAGCAGCUACAGCCGAACAAUGAGAGACAGGGAGAGAGGGAGACAGAGAGCGAAUGAGUGAGCAGUGUGUGUUUGUCGAUCGGUGUGCAAAAUAGAAUUUCAAGUUUCUGUGUAAAGACCAAGAGCCGGAAAGAAUGAACGAACGACAGUGAAGAAAAAAAACACGAAAGAAAAAAAAAACAGAUUCGACAGCUUGGCUCGAAGAUAAUGUGUAAGACAAUUCGCAUUGAAAAUGAUGCACAAAUGAAAGUACAUAGCAAAGGGAAGGAGAAUUGCAAAGGAUUUUCCAUCUAUUGCCCAUUGUUUUAAUGAGAGACACACACACACACACUUUUUCGUGAGGUGAUACUAUUUCGGGCAUAGUGCAGUUUGUGCACACGUUUAUUGUUUUUUUUUGUAUUCUACUUCGCCAGUUCAGCCUCUGUGCAAACAAUUUACGGAAAUAUUAUGUGUGCAAUUCGGCAUAUGAGUGUGUAUCUUUAAAAUAGAAAGAAAAAAAAAAACGAAAUUCAGCCUGAAGGGGUAGCUAUAAAAAUACAUGUGUACAUCGUCAACACAACAAAUAUUGACUGAAAAAUAUUACGCUAUUAUUUGGCCACUUAAUGUUUACUCCAACGAAACAAGACAGAAAUUUGUCGGUGUUAUGUCUUGUGUUCGAAUGUGCUCAUAGCUUUCUUUAAGUCUCGCGCGUCCGCGUUCGCUCUCUUUUUGUUUCCAUUUCAGUUGUUUCAUGAAAGUCGAAAAUUGCUGAACCAAUAUUUUAGUUAAAUUUACCGAACCAAAGUGCCUUUAACAACCGAGUUGAGUGCAAAAAUUGAUGUUUGUAUUAUUUUCUGGUCUCUGUUUUUGAUACAAGAGUCUGGCCAAAAAAAAAAUAAUUAAGAGGAAAAAAAACAAAGUGGGAAGGAAAGAAAACGUUAUUCACGGUGUGAUCACGGCACUGUUGUUUGUAAUUUGUUUGUAGUUAGUGACGAUUCAAGUGAUCUUGUUGACAUCGAAAGCAAUUGACAGUCGAAACGAAGAACAAACCGUUUGUAUGUCAUCAUUAUCAUAAUCUAAGGCCCCAACGACAACAACAUUUGCAACAACAACGAACGCCAUCAAUUGACACAUAAUAGCCUAAAAAUAAAGAACGAACAAGCGAUACGAUCAUUGGUGCCGACAUCAUUUAUUGGAAAUUAUUCGAUUUGCGUGCAUUGCAAAAUAGACAAACAAACCAAAAACAAUUGCAAACUCUCUAUCGCAUCAAAGUAGAAUAAGGAACAGAAAUAUUCAUCCUAUUUUACUCGCGGUCGCAUAAUGCAAUAGCGCACAAUUGAUUUCAAUUGUAAUAGUGUGGUGGCGAGAGAGUGGAGAGAGAGACAGAAAAGCAACAACAACAACAACAACGAUAAUAAAUCUCAACUAUUGCGAAAUAUAUAUACAUAUCGAAUGUGUGAAUUGGUUUUCGAAGCGCAAGUUUCUUUGUUCACACUUUGGAAUCGGGAUAUCGCUAGCUGCUGUGAAUGUAUCUCUCGUGUUCAACUCACAAUACCGACAUUAAGCAUACGCUGAGUGUGUGUAUAUGCACAGAGGAAACUAUGACAACUGUCACUGCCUUGUAUAGCGCACAGUCAUAGCAAACGUGCGGUGUGUGUACAUGUAUUUUCUACAAUUUCGAUUUGAUUCGAAACAAUAACACACAGUGCACCAGUAACCAGUGUGAUUGGCUCGGUGUGUGUCCGGAGAGCAAAGAACGAGAUACCAAAGUGCCUAUUUUAUUUGGAAUAUAUUGUGUGUGUUUCGGAUUGAGCAUCUCUCUCUCUCUCUCGAUCUGUGUGUGUUGUCUCGCGUGAAUGUGAUUUGCAUUGUUUAUCAAUUAAAAAGUGGAGAACAGAAGGAGAAAAAAAAUGUAAAUGCCAUUGAUGGACGGGCGACAAAACAACAAAAAAGGAUGAACAUUUGUGAACAUUGAUAACAUACUUCGAUAGAGUGAAUUUAUAAACAAUAAACAGUGUGUUGCAAACACGCAAACCCACAACGACAGAGAAAAAAAAAGAAGAACAAGGGAAAAAAAAGCAACAAACAGUGACACUGAUUAAAAGCUCGACACAAAAAUAAAAUAAA